CUUCGAUUCAAUUUGCCCGAUGAGCAGAUGCAGGUGGAGGCGGAGUCGCGGUUUUGUAUCCUCUAUUCGACCACCACCAUCACCUUGCGACUGAUGAGCAUAGACGCAUCCGCGAGCGCAAUUAGACUAGGGAUUCGAGCAGCACACGGCAGUAGUUCGUUUAUUUCAGCGAUCUUGAUUUCUUUGGGAAUUGCCAAGCAGAAGGAUCAGCCAGCAUGAGUGCUACCACCCGCACCGUUCCUGUGAUUCUGUGCGGCAAGACGGCUAAAAUCGCUGACGGUGUGCGAGCAGCUCUGCGCCCACAAUACGAGGUCGUGCAAGUGUUCACAGACCAACAGGACGCACAGACGGGCAUCCAGAAGGCUCUGACGGAUGAUUCGAUUAGCCUUGCGGAACGCAUCAGAGCAGUCAUCUUUGGCGGUGCGUUCAACGACGACAAUAUUCAGUCAAUCAAGUCUUUUGCGACAUCCCAGCAGAAUGCUCGGAAGAUUGCAUGGUUGCAGCAUGCGCCCCUCGAGAAGCCUAGAGAAGGUCCGCUCGACAAGGAAAAGUAUGGUCAGGAAGUAUCGGCGAGGAUAAAGAGCGUUCUUGAUGAGCUCAAGAAUAAAGGCAAGCUUGAAGAGGGAGACGACGAGGUGUAUCAAUACUGAAUAAUCAGGAUUGAUCUAAUAUAUGAGAGAGGAGAAUAUUUAAAGUGGCGUGUCAAUCAGAAUUGCGCGCAUGUUGGAUGGACUCCAAAUAUGACGCUCCUG